AUGUUGCAGCGCACCCAGGACCCGGAUGAGAACGUGGCUCUGGAGGCCUGCGAGUUCUGGCUGACUUUAGCUGAACAGCCCAUCUGUAAGGAGGCCCUUUCCGGCCACCUGGUCCAAUUAAUUCCUAUUCUCGUAAAUGGGAUGAAAUACUCUGAGAUAGACAUUAUCCUCCUGAAGGGAGAUGUUGAGGAGGACGAGGCGAUUCCGGACAGUGAGCAGGACAUCAAACCCCGCUUCCACAAGUCUCGCACCGUCACCCUGCAGCAUGAGGGGGGGGAGGGGGAGGAAGGGGAGGACAUCGACGAAGACGAGGAUGAUGAUGACGACACUCUGUCCGACUGGAACCUGCGAAAGUGUUCGGCUGCUGCUCUGGACGUUCUGGCCAACGUGUUUCGUGAGGAGCUGCUGCCCCACCUUCUGCCCUUGCUUAAGGGCCUACUUUUCCAUCCCGACUGGGUCAUCAAAGAGUCGGGCAUCUUAGUACUGGGGGCGAUCGCUGAGGGCUGCAUGCAGGGCAUGGUCCCCUACCUGCCCGAGCUCAUCCCCCACCUCAUCCAGUGCCUGUGCGACAAGAAGGCCCUGGUCCGCUCCAUCGCCUGCUGGACGCUGAGCCGCUAUGCCCACUGGGUGGUCAGUCAGCCUCCGGACGCCCACCUGAAGCCGCUCAUGACCGAGCUGCUCAAACGCAUCCUGGACGGAAACAAGAGGGUGCAGGAGGCGGCCUGCAGCGCGUUCGCCACGCUGGAGGAGGAGGCGUGCACGGAGCUGGGCACCAGCUCCGUGCAGGCCUCCUCCUCCAGCGUGGCGAACGCGCUGCAGGCCGCCUCCUGCACCCUCUUGUUUCCGUCCAGGAUGCGUUUGAGCAGCUCGGUCAUGAGCGGCUUCAGGUGGGCGUCCGGAGGCUGGCUGACCACCCAGUGGGCAUAG